AUGCACCGCCGAGUGGUCUGGAAGCUCUCGCGCCGCGUUGAACCCUUACCAACAAGCCUAUUCUCCUCCACGACUUUAUCCUUCGCUCGAACAUUCCGAUCUCACGCUAUCCUGUUCGACUCAACUAAUGGCGAUCAGAUUGGAAAUGGCUCGUCUUCGCCAGCCCCCAAGUUCGGAAAUAGAUGGGGUGCCAGAGAAGCCGUAAAGCCCGUUCGAUUGAGUCCAGCAGAACAGGCUCUGCGCGAUGCUAUGAUCGCCAGAAAUAAGCCACCGUCGCCUCCUCAAGAGCAGCAAGAGUCGACAAGCUCCCAUAGGGACAAGAGGAUACCCGGGACGCAGUUUUACAUGAAAGGCCAGGGCAGGCAUGCCGUUGUCCGCCCUAAUGACCAGUCUGUCGACCAUGGCCACGCAAACAAUCGGCACGCCCGGCAUUCGAGACAGCAAGGUCAGGACGACAAUCGGUAUAGUCGGGGAAAUCGUGAAUGGACAUGCCAGAACUGCCACCGACUGGUCUUCGCCAGGCACAAGACAUGCCCCUUCUGCCAGGCCCCACGGCGAGACAUCCCCAGACCUCCACGGCAGGAACAGCAGCGCAUGAAAGGAGAUUGGGAUUGCCCAAAAUGCGGACAUCACAAUUUCGGAAAACGAGACGCAUGUUCUUCAUGCGCCACCGCAAAACCACAUAUUCAAACCUCGGAAGCACAUAUUCCGAGAGCUGACCGUUGGGGGGAGAACUCCGCACGGACAGGAAAAUUGCGCAAUCUAGGUCGCGCUUUGCUCGGCGAGAGCUCUGAGGGAACUUCUGGCUUCACACGGCACCCCCGCCGGAACGACGGCGAUUCACUUGAUCAAUCUGAACGAGAUGCACGAUCAACACGGCAGGGAGGCCGCGGACGGGACGAGCUCUCAAAGGCCAAAUCAGAAGCUCGACCGAAGAAGAAAGACAACGAGAAAGAUGUUGAGAAGGUGGACCAAUGGUCUUGGGAUAUGUCGGCCUUGGAGCAACUGGAUUCCAUCCAAGACCAAGACGAGCCAGUGGGGACGCAGAAGAAGACCAAGAAACGAGAUGGACGUCGAGACCGGAACGUGUCCGAGGAGAAUGACUUUGACCCAGAGGAACGGAAACGUCGCCGCGAAGAUCGCAAACGUCAAAGAAAAGUGAAAGAAGAGGUUGCGGCAAUUCCACUCCAUCUCCCUGAUUUCAUCAGUGUCAGUAACUUGGCCGAUGUCAUCGGUGUUCGCCAAGCCGAGUUUGUAGCUCGAAUGACCGAGAUGGGCUUCGAAGAUGUUACCUAUAACCAUGUCUUGGAUGCCGAGACGGCCGGCUUGGUCGCUGCCGAAUUCGGGUAUGAAGCGAUUUUUGACGACGGCGCCGAGGAUCUUGAGGCUGCUCCUGUACCAGAGGACCCAUCUCACCUGCCUCCUCGUCCACCAGUCGUGACAAUCAUGGGCCACGUCGACCACGGCAAGACGACUAUUUUGGAUUGGCUCCGAAACUCUUCAGUGGCAGCUACAGAGCACGGCGGCAUUACGCAGCACAUUGGCGCCUUCUCUGUGGCGAUGCCGUCAGGAAAGACUAUUACUUUCCUGGACACUCCAGGUCACUCCGCCUUCUUGGAGAUGCGCAAGCGCGGCGCCGAUGUCACUGAUAUUGUUGUCCUUGUUGUGGCUGCAGACGACAGUGUGAAACCACAGACUAUUGAGGCUAUCAAGCAUGCCAGUCAGGCCAAUGUUCCCAUCAUCGUCGCAAUCAGCAAGAUCGACAAAGAAGGCCGUAACCCGGAUCGUGUCAAGCAGGAUCUCGCGGUCCACGGUGUGCAUGUCGAGGACUACGGAGGCGAUGUCCAAGCAAUCGGUGUGAGCGGCAAGACCGGCCAAGGCAUGGUCGAGCUUGAAGAGGCCAUUGUCGCUCUCUCGGAAUUGCAGGAUCACCGUGCUGACACGGGUGGUAAUGUCGAAGGCUGGGUUAUUGAGGCGACCACUAAGAGCUAUGGUCGGGUGGCUUCUGCCCUUAUUCGCCGCGGUACUCUUCGACCCGGCGAUGUCAUUGUCGCUGGUAAAACUUGGGCUCGCGUCAAAACUCUUCGUAAUGAAGCCGGUUUGUCUGUUGACGAAGCUACACCCGGUAUGCCAGUGGAGAUUGACGGUUGGAGAGACCAGCCUGUUGCUGGCAGCGAGAUUCUGCAGGCGUCGACCGAGCAAAAGGCUAAAGACGUUGUAGAAUAUCGCCAGGAUCAGGCCGAGACCCAGAGAAUGGGUGAAGACAUGGUCGCUAUCAAUGAGGCGCGACGAGAGCUUUUAGAGAAACGCAAACAGGAGGAUGGCGAUACGGAGGAGGCGGCUACUCCGAAAACAGAGUCGUCUGGUCCCAAGGCUGUGAACUUUGUCAUCAAGGCCGAUGUGAAUGGAUCUUCGGAAGCCGUUUUGAAUUCUAUGGCCGCCAUUGGAAACAAUGAGGUGUAUGCGCAUAUCGUGCGUUCGGGUGUGGGUCCAGUCACCGAGUUUGAUAUCGAGCACGCAGCCAGCGCAGAUGGCAAGAUCAUAUCCUUCAACAUGCCAAUCGAUCCCGCAAUGAGUCGACUGGCUGAGCAAAUGUCCGUGACAAUCAUGGAUCACAAUAUUAUCUACAAGCUCAUCGAUGACGUGAAAGACGUUCUCAGCGAAUAUCUCGCGCCAACAAUCACUCAGCGUGUGACAGGCGAGGCUGAAAUUGGUCAGAUCUUCGAGAUUACCGUCAAGGGUCGUGAAAAGACAUCCAUUGCCGGCUGUCGUGUCCGAAACGGAUUGAUCAACAAGACUAAGAAGGUCCGCGUGAUUCGCGGGAAUGAAACCGUUUAUGAUGGCACGAUGACCUCGCUGAAGAACGUCAAGAAAGACGUUACUGAAAUGCGCAAAGACACAGAAUGUGGUAUUGCAUUUGAAGGCUGGACCGACUUUGCUGUCGGUGAUCAUAUUCAGUGCUAUGAAGAGAUCCGUGAAAAGCGACACUUGUAA